AUGGAUCAGACACAGGGUGUGGUUGUAGGCUCGACACACAAGUACAGUGUCAUCCUGCCAACGUACAACGAGCGCCACAAUCUGCCAAUCAUUGUGUUUCUUCUGUGCCGCAUGUUUCAGAUGCAUCACUUGAACUAUGAAAUUGUUAUUGUGGAUGACAACUCUCCUGAUGGCACGCAAGAGAUUGCAAAGCAGCUUGCUGCUCUGUAUGGCCCUGAGCACAUUGUGCUGCGUCCGCGGCCUGGCAAGUUGGGUCUUGGCACCGCGUACAUCCAUGGUCUCGAGUCCUGCACGGGUGACUUUGUGAUCAUCAUGGAUGCUGACUUUUCCCACCAUCCAAAGUUCAUUCCAGACAUGAUCACAAAGCAGUUGCAGACAAACGCCGAUAUUGUUCAAGGCACGCGAUACUCCGGGCCCAAGACUGGCGCUGGUGUGUACGGCUGGGACUUGAAGCGCAAGCUCGUCAGCCGUGGAGCCAAUGUGUUGGCUACGUUCGUGCUGGAUCCCCGCACGACGGAUGUCACCGGCAGCUUCCGUCUGUACAAACGCUCGGUGAUUGACAACCUAAUUCGACAAAUCAAGUCAAAAGGAUACGUGUUCCAGAUGGAGAUUCUCGUGCGUGCCAAGGCCCUUGACUACAAGGUUGAGGAAGUGCCUAUUACCUUCUGUGACCGUGUGUAUGGUGAAAGUAAACUCGGAGGGGACGAGAUUGUCGGCUACGCCAAGGGUGUGUGGCAGUUGUUUGUAGGCAUUUAA